AUGCGGGGCCCGAGCGUCGCUCUGUGGAUCCUCCUCGCUCUGCGCACAGCGCUCGGCGGCAUGGAGGUGCGGUGGUGCACCACCUCAGACCCAGAGCAGCAGAAAUGCAGCGACAUGAGCAAAGCCUUCCAGGAAGCCGGUAUCCGGCCAUCCCUCCUGUGUGUCCAGGGCACCUCAGCCGACCACUGCAUCCAGCUCAUCACGGCCCAGAAGGCUGAUGCCAUCACCCUGGAUGGAGGAGCCAUUUAUGAAGCAGGGAAGGAGCAUGGCCUGAAGCCCGUGGUGGGCGAAGUAUAUGAUCAAGAGGUUGGUACCUCCUAUUACGCCGUAGCUGUGGUCAAGAGGAGCUCCAAUGUGACCAUCGACACCCUGAAAGGCAUGAAGUCCUGUCACACGGGCAUCAACAGGACGGUGGGCUGGAACGUGCCCGUGGGCUACCUGGUGGAAAGCGGCCGCCUCUCCGUGAUGGGCUGCGACCUGCUCAAAGCUGUCAGCGACUAUUUUGGGGGCAGCUGCGUCCCCGGGGCAGGAGAGACCAGCUACUCAGAGUCCCUCUGUCGCCUGUGCAGGGGCAACACUGCUGGGGAGGGGGUGUGUGACAAGAGCUCCCUGGAGAGAUACUACGACUACAGCGGAGCCUUCAGGUGCCUGGCGGACGGGGCAGGGGAUGUGGCCUUUGUGAAGCACAGCACAGUGCUGGCGAACACUGAUGGGAAAACUCUUCCCUCCUGGGGCCAGGCACUGCUGUCGCAAGACUUCCAGCUGCUAUGUCUGGAUGGCAGCCGGGCUGAUGUCACCGAGUGGAGGCGAUGCCACCUGGCUCGGGUGCCUGCUCACGCGGUGAUGGUCCGGCCUGACACAGACGGGAGCCUCGUGUUCCAGCUGCUCAAUGAAGGCCAGCGUCUAUUCAGCCAUGAGGGCAGCAGAUUCCAGAUGUUCAGCUCUGAGGCCUAUGGGCAGAAGGACCUGCUCUUCAAAGAUGCCACCUCUGAGCUGGUGCCCAUCGCCACACAGAGCUAUGAGGCCUGGCUGGGCCGCGAGUACUUGCAAGCCAUGAAGGGUCUCCUCUGUGACCCCAACCGGCUGCCCCGCUACCUACGCUGGUGUGUGCUGUCCGCUCCGGAGAUCCAAAAGUGUGGAGACAUGGCUGUGGCCUUCAGCCGGCAGAAGCUCAAGCCAGAGAUCCAGUGUGUGUCGGCCGAUUCUCCCCAGCACUGCAUGGAAUGGAUCCAGGCUGGGAAAAUUGAUGCUGUGACCCUGAAAGGCGAGGACAUCUACAUGGCGGGAAAGGAAUAUGGCCUGAUUCCAGCAGUUGGGGAGCGCUAUGCCCCGGAGGACAGCAGCAACUCCUACUUUGUGGUGGCUGUGGUGAAGCGGAACAGCUCCUACGCCUUCACCCUGGAUGAGCUCCGGGGCAAGCGCUCCUGCCACUCAGGGUUCCACAGCCCCGCGGGCUGGGACAUCCCCGUGGGCGUCCUGGUGCAGAGGGGCUUCAUCCGGCCCAAGGACUGCGAUGUCCUCACAGCCGUGAGCGAGUUCUUCGGUGCCAGCUGCGUGCCCGUGAACAACCCCAAGAACUACCCAUCCUCGCUAUGUGCGCUCUGUGUGGGGGACGAGCAGGGCCGAAACAAGUGUGUGGGCAACAGCCAGGAGAGGUACUAUGGCUACAGCGGCGCCUUCAGGUGCUUGGCUGAGAACGCGGGGGAUGUCGCCUUCGUCAAGCACACAACUGUCUUUGACAACACAAAUGAUGAAAAGCACAUCUACCUGUGGUGCUUCCAGGACCUGUUUGGAGAUGACCACAAUAAGAAUGGGUUCAAAAUGUUCGACUCCUCCAACUACCAUGGCCAAGACCUGCUUUUCAAGGAUGCCACGAUCCGGGCGGUGCCUGUGGGGGAGAAAACCACGUACCGAGACUGGCUGGGCCCUGACUACGUGGCAGCUCUAGAAGGGAUGCUGUCUCAGCGGUGCUCGGGCGCAGCUGGUCAGAGGCCUACCUGCCCCAGACCACUCCCCAGCCUGCCCAGAAUGGCAGUUUCCACUCAGAGCCCUGUUCCCCGAGCCAGAGUUAGGGCCUCUUCAGCCGGUGAGGCACCCAGCUCCCUUCUCCACUCUGAAAGGGCCCCCAGCACAUCUCAGCUGCCUCCACCCCCUCAGCCUCUUGGGUACCCACUCUUCUGGGGACCAGAUAAAGAGGAGGAUGCCAACUUCUACACCCACCCCUGCCCUGUGUCUGCAAAAUAA